UAUCCACUGUCGAAGUAAUCCAUGGGUUUACCCCCAAACGUCCUUUCGUCGCCAUGACAGUAUGGCCUCGACAAUACAUGAUCGCUGGUUAUGGCUCGGCCUAGGCGUCCUUGCUUUCUUCGCCUUCAAAGGCGUGGCCCAUGGCCUCCGCGAGAUUACGAGAUUAUCAGAGACCAUAGAGCAUCCUAGGUCUAAGAAGGCUCCGCGACCUUCAUCCGAGAAUGCUAUCAAAACCGAGUCUCUCCAAACACUUGCGCUCUGCUCAAAUGUAGAUAUUCGAAAGGCAGCAACCGACCUUCUCUGCAACCGCUUCGUGAACAACAAGGAAGCUCAUAGGCUCCUCUCCAAUGACUUCCACAGCGGGGAUCCCGAACGUGUAGCACAAGUCCAGAAACACUGCACCAAAUCCGCAUUCAGCAGUCCAGAGCAGCAGAAAGAUUGCUACGGACCCGCCAAUUAAGCGACACUGUACAGGAACAGGCGCUACGCCGGCGUCGUCGCGAGGCUAUGGUGCUCAACGAGGGAGACAGGCCCGUCUCUCAGGACGAUAUCAUUCAAGGCGGGAGAGGGAUAAGUGACGAGGACGUGCAAGUGGCAGAGCAGGC